CAGCCAUUAAAGUUUCUCUCCCUUAAAAAGACAACUUUUCAAAACAAGAAGAGACACGGAGAGAGAGAAAGAGUGAAACAGAACAACGUAAGACUUCAAUCCAACAGAAGAAAUGGUGUGUUUCUGUUUUCUGGUGGAUCAGAGGAGGAAGGUGCAGCGGAGCAAGCCGGCGGCGGGGACGUGCUCGCGGUGCGGCGGCGGAGCCAGCGUGGCGGAUAUGAUGACACAAACCAGAUUUUGCUACAUUCCAUUUUACUCCAAAUCUUGGAAAGCUAUUAUUUGCACUUUUUGUGGAGCCACUCUCAAGUCUUACAGAUGAGCACCACCUUAAUAUUUUCAUUUCUUAAUGUCUCACAGUAUAUGUAAUACACAAUAUAAUCUAUGUUUUCGUUUA